AUGGCCCCGUCCGCAAGCUGGACUGUACUGUCCUCCCCGCGUUUCUGGCCUCUCGUGGCUGCAUUUUUACUCGUGUCGCUCGUUGCCUCUCGUCCAACUCGACAACUCCGAGAUUCCUCCUCCGCGGUAUGCUCGCCGCUGACCACUAAUCCACUCGCUCUUCCUUGCCUUGAAGUCGACGAGAACAACGGUCGUUUGGUGUUGUCUGGUCACAUUGAGACGUCCACUCUUGCAAUCGCUCACCAUUCCGACUUGGCUCCCCCCUCGACGAGCUCAGCGUGGGAAGUCGCUGCUCGUUCGAUACAGCAAAUGGGGCGAAAGGCGAAGGCGACGAUUGCCGCCCUCACGACUAUCGCGCGAACGGUGAAUCCAGACGCUUGGAUUUGGUACGAGGAGGACAAGGAAGAGGCGAGUUGGCUGGCGAGCUCAAAGUCGUGGUUCGACCGAAAGGCAUGCCGCUGGCUCGGCGUGUGCGGCGCAUCGCAUUUCUACGUGGCCCAAGGCUUCUAUGGCUCGCACGAUCCCAGUCGCUGGUCAAAUACAACAGAUGAUCAAGUGGAGCAAAAACCUUGGCUCAAUUUCUGGACCGGCGGGGCUGAUAAGAACGACCAGGCCGCCUGGAACGCCGACGAGCGGGCGCGACGGGAGAUCCCCGAAUACGUCUUUGAAUAUGCCCCGCUUGUGCAUCUGUAUUCUGGUGAACAGUUCUGGCCAGGCGAUAUUGCCGAGCACAUUUACCACACGACACCGACACUCAACUAUACUCCCAUCCAGGCUCAAUGGGAUCACCCCACACUGGAGGAUCUGGAUCAACUCAAUCAGUGGCAGGGUGGUCGCAAUGUGUUUUUGACUAGUGACGAUGACCCCACUUCCCGCCCGCCGUGGCUUGAGGGUGAGAAGAACAUUCCCGAGGAGCCGCAAGAUGGCCAAGAUGGCGGCGACGACGACAACGAGAACUAUCAACACAUCCCGGUUUCAAAGGAGAAAAUUUGGGAUGGUUAUGACCACCCCUUCGAAGAAGCUGUUGCGGAUCACAGUGACGACGCCGAGUGGGACGAUUUGAGGCGAUGGACCCCAGCAGGACGAGCGCGCCUCGAACAAGAGCAGCUUGCGCGCGAAUCGAGACAGGCGCAUCGCCAAUUCAAGCAGGAGCUGAGGAAGCGUUAUGGGGGACAUGCGCCCACUCAAGACCACCUUGGCGAGGACUCCUUCCAAAGCCCUGGCGGCCGCAGCGAAGCGCCCGCCAUUCUCCUUGUAAUGGACAAAGGAAAUGGAGUUGUGGACGCAUUCUGGUUCUAUUUUUACAGCUUUAACCUGGGCAACACCGUCGUCAAUGUUCGCUUUGGAAAUCAUGUGGGUGACUGGGAGCAUUGCUUGGUGCGCUUCCACAAUGGUCAGCCAAAAGCUCUGUUCUUCAGCGCGCAUACUGCUGGCGAAGCCUUUCGUUACGAGGCUGUCGAGAAGAUUGGCAAGAGGCCCGUCAUCUACUCGGCUAGUGGCAGUCAUGCAAUGUACGCUCAUCCGGGCAUCCACGAAUACGUUCUGCCUUGGGGCCUCCUCCAUGAUGUCACCGAUCAGGGUCCUCUCUGGGAUCCAGUCCUCAAUUCCAAGAGCUAUACUUAUGAUGUUGACAACGACAAACUCCGCUCCUCAACCGCCAACCCCGAAGCGCCAACGGAGUGGUUCUACUUCCGAGGCCGCUGGGGUGAUAAAUUCUACCCACUGGAUGAUCCCCGGCAAUACCGCUUUGCUGGUCAAUAUCACUGGGUUAACGGACCGACAGGUCCUAGAUUCAAGCAUCUUGAUCGCAACAAGGUAUGCCAGGGUCCUGAUCGGGCCACCUGUGUGAUUCGAGACUUUGCCGAUGAGCCGAAGAAAACUCCGAAAUGGAAAAGAACUGGAGAUGGUGAUUGA